AUCCCGCCGCCGGUUUGUUAGCCAACGCCGGCGGAGCGCGCGGGGCGGGCUGUGGCCGCACUCGCUGCUCGGCUGGACUCACCCGGCGCCGGGAGCCAGCGGCAGGACGCGCGGCCGAGGAUGCGCCACGAGGCUCCCAUGCAGAUGGCAUCUGCUCAAGAUUCCAGAUAUGGCCAGAAAGACACGUCUGAUCAGAACUUUGAUUACAUGUUCAAAUUGCUCAUCAUUGGUAACAGCAGUGUCGGGAAAACCUCCUUUUUGUUCCGCUAUGCUGAUGAUUCCUUUACAUCUGCAUUCGUAAGCACGGUCGGGAUUGAUUUCAAAGUCAAAACAGUUUUCAAAAAUGAAAAAAGGAUUAAGUUACAGAUUUGGGACACGGCAGGUCAGGAGAGAUAUAGGACAAUUACCACAGCAUAUUACCGGGGCGCAAUGGGCUUCAUUUUAAUGUAUGACAUCACGAAUGAAGAAUCCUUCAAUGCUGUGCAAGAUUGGUCAACUCAAAUCAAAACAUACUCGUGGGAUAAUGCCCAGGUUAUUUUGGUCGGGAAUAAAUGUGACAUGGAGGACGAGCGUGUAAUCUCCACUGAGAGAGGCAAACAUUUAGCAGAGCAACUUGGUUUUGAAUUUUUUGAAACAAGUGCCAAGGACAACGUAAAUGUCAAGCAGACAUUCGAGCGGCUUGUGGAUAUCAUCUGCGACAAAAUGUCAGAAAGUCUGGAGACGGAUCCUGCUAUCACUGCUGGGAAACAGAACACAAGACUAAAGGACACCCCUCCUCCACAGCAACCCAACUGUGGCUGUUAAUACAGCUAUAAGCAGAGGCAGCUCCAGUGUGUUCUAUUGCCAACAGAGUAUUUACAGAUGGUCUAUAAGCCUUUAUUUAUACUGUCUUUUUAAUUUAUUUGGAGACAAUAUGUUUAUGUCAGUGGCUGGUACAAUAUGUGCAAACAGUUUGUAAGGACUGCCCAUUUCUCAGCAUCUGGCCUUUGCAUGUGGAUGGCUGUUUGUCUUUUCUUUUUAUCCUGUGUACAUUGUACUUACUUCAGCUGGUUCGGUGACCCCAGGGCACAGGUUGUUUAUAACUGACUUUAACCUCAUCAGUUUCAAAUUAUACCAUUUACUGCUUGGUGUAAUCACCACAGCAUUUGGGAAUAAGCUUUCUAAUGCCAUUUAAAUUUCCCUUGACUGAAAAAUCAAUUUUAAAGUACUACCUGAAUAUACUGUCUAUUCCCAGAUAAUUUGUCUGAUGCACACUUCUCUGAGGGCAAUGCUAUGGCAAUCCAUGACCACCAAUGAAAUUCAGUUAUCUCUAUGCCACUAGGAAAUUCAGAGUGACAACAGCUGCCUAACCCCAAACCCAGGCUCCUAUCCCUUUAUAUAAGGAGAAAUCCUUAUCUGCUACCUGCUGGCAGGAUAGGGGCUGGCUCUGUUCCAGUUCCAUCCACGAGCCAAUUCACUAUAAUACUGAUACAGAAAAAAGUUGUGAAAUGUCCAUCUUACAGAUACAUGCUUUACAGAAGGUAUAUGCUACAACUCUUGAUAUUACCCUACCAGACCCAAAUCUGUUGUGUACAAUUAUUCAUAAGCAAAAAUAAUCUACUCAUAUUGUUCUGGAGGCUGCGUAAUUUGGCCUUUAGGAAUUUCAUGUUUCAUUCUUGAAAAGAAUGUCUAUAUAUUAAUUUUAUAGUCUGAGAGAAUCUUCUCUCUAUUGAUUAUAAAAGCCCAUCUCUCUCUUCAGCAGUGCUAUUCCUAUUAAAGACAGCAAGACUUAUUUGUGAGGACAGGAAUGGAUCCAUUCAAUUUGAAAAAUAGUUUGGUCUAGACAUAUCUUGUAACAGGACAGUCAGAAAUUGGCAAUGUUUUUUGAAAAUUCAUAGAGAAAUAAAAAGUUUUCUAAGGAGUUCUUCCACUAGACCAUAUUAGUCAGAAAAUCUAUGAAGUGCUGUGAAAAUAACUGAAUAACUGCAGGUUUGGAGUCUGUUUUUUUUUUGUUUUGUUUUGUUUUGUUUUUUUUAAAGCAUUUUAAAAAAUGCUCUCAUUAUGUUAAUAAGCUCUUGGUCUGCUAAUUGGUAGCACAUUGUACUAUUGCCUUAUCUGGGUUACAGCAAUAUUCCUCCAUUAAUUACAUCAUUGAGGCAACAUUCACUUCUUAUUGUUCUUUAUGACAUCAGCUUUAGUACCAGAAUGACAUUUCUCAAGCCAGACAUAACAGAAAAAAGGGAAGAAAACAGGAAAAUGAGUCAGAGCAGCUGCUCACACCAUACCUGACUGCAAGGAAAUCCCCAUAAAACACAUUGUUUUUUUUUCCCUAAGGUAAUUUAUAUAAUGUCAUCAAACACACUAAGGCCAUGUCACCACAAGGAAAAAAGGUGUCAUUUUACCUAACAUUGUAACUACUGUAUUAAAAUGCUAGUGCAGAUAAAAGUAACACAGUUGGCUGAGGUAAACCCAAGUGUAAACUUGUAUCAUAACUAUAACUUGGCAUGGCUACACUGGAUCUUAAACGUAUCAUUUAACAUGCUAGCUAACUCCCACACUUUUUUUUUUUUUUUUGUGAAAAAUGAGCCAUAUCAUUUAAUUCCAUGAAAAACCAGAGGAAAGAGAAAGGUUGGCUGCUCACUGCUCUGUUAUGGGCAGAUUAGUAAGGAAGGGGAAGAGGAAAAGGAAGUGAAAUUGAGCUCAGCCCAUUUACCUAGCUCUUGACAAUCCUAUGGCAUUCUAGUUACUACUCUCCCUGACUUUCCCUCCCACUUUUAGGCCAUCAGUUUGAUAGCUGCACUCCUCUAGCUGUUGCUGUCCUCUGAGGUAGAAGUUUCAUGGCCAAAGAUUUUAUUUUUCCAAUAAAAAAUUUAAAUGUUUUAAGGAAAGCAGAUGCUUUUCAGGGGAAAAAAUGUUAUUGAACCAAUGUCCCCUUCAUCUCACUUUUUUUUUAAAUGGAAAAUACUCCUGAAGGAAAAUUUGCAACCAGUCCAACUAGCCCUGGAGAACUUCUCUCCAUGAUUCCUGGUGUGAUGCCGUCAACAAUGGUCCCUCUGGCAGGCACCAUGGUGCUCAGUAGACUAUGCAUAUUUAAUUAUGACUUGCUAGAAGGGUAGAGAAUAGCAGCUGUAGAACAAAACAUUAAUUCAUAGAUUUGAAAUGCCGGAAAGAACCACUGUGCUCAUUUAGUCUGAGCUCCUCUAUAAUACAGGCUGUAGAACUUCCCAAAAAUAGUUUCUAGAGCAUAGCUAUUAGAAAAAACACCCCAAACUUGAAUUUUAAAAUUGCCACUGAUGGAUACUCCACCAUGGCCCUUGGUAAAAUGGCCUGGUGCUUAAUUACACUCUCUGUUAAAAAUGUCUGUGUUAUUUUCUGUCUGAAUUUGUCUACCUUCAGCUUCUAGCCCUUGGACCAUGUUAUACUUUUAAUGCUGUUCGCUAACUUCCACUGUGUUUCCCUUUGUACCGUAUGUUUCUCUAGGGAAGCAUGCCUUCCAUUGCAGUGAGCCAGGUCCCUUGUAAUUGUGAAGAGUUCCAAGCACUGCUGUAAAACAGGGCUUGCUGCCAGUCUCCAGGAUGAUGUGUGCUGUAAUGCCUCUAGUGUGGGCUGUAGCUCUUCCAGUACAUUUUGCUUGGCCUCCCACCAUCAAUCCCCUCCUGGUAUUUCUUGGUAGAUGGCAGCUGGGACAGAGGAUGUUACCACAUCUCACACUAGUUCAGACACACACUCUGGAAUGUUUGUAAACCACAAGUCCUAGUGCUCCCACAAUUUUUGCUCUGGGACACUGGCUGCAGCAGAGCUGCAUCUUGUGCAGCAACAUGAGGAGAAGAGACUGUUUGCCAUCUAACGCAUCCAGUGCAUGCCUGGAUUUGCUCUCAUAGAAUUUAAGGUCAGAAAGAACCAUCACAGUCAUCUCACUCUGUUUUACUUCCAGUCCAGUGUUCCUCCGAUGACAAUGUAGGCACUCUGUCAUGCUGGGACUGGAAGAACAGCUGGCAAUACUAGCUAACUUAUUAAGAAGUAUGAAGCAGGUAGGAUGAACGAUAAUGUUUUUAUCAAUUUUAAUAAAAAAACUUAAAUAGAAAGGGAGAGGAUUGUAGGAGGUAUUCUCCUCUCCUUCCUCUUCUCAAAAGAAAAGCUUGUCCUGCCUCGACCCUGUUUAAUACAUUACAAGCGAAGGGAAGAUAGCAGGCUGAAAGAACAAACUUCUUAUGAUGUCAGACAUGCUUUUAAGGAAGACACAUGCAUACAGGAAAACUAGUAUCAGAGAUGAUGCAAAAAAAAACCACCCCUUAUUCCUUUAUAGGACUUCCCACUUGAUUUGUAGCUAUAUGGAAACUUUUCAUUAUAUUCCCCUCACCAAACAGUGUUUAGAAUUAGUUUUGGAUGACCUUUAAAGGAUUCUUAGAUUCAAUUCCAAUCACAUUCCAAAAGUCUAAAUUCUUAGCCAGACUUUAGCUUAGUCCAGAGGGCCGGAGUCCUGCAAACAUCAUGAUCCUUUUAGCAGAUGGGAGUAGGUAGACCCUUGCACUCACAAAUCUUGUGACUGUGGCCUUGGGCUAGCAGUCCUGCAAGAUUUCAGGCUGGGAAACAUCAUGAAAACCAUUUUUAGCAUAGUAGCUUCAUUACUUGGUCUUUCCAUUCUUGGCUGGAAUCAACGCCAUUACAGAGAUACACACAAGAAAAGUAAUCUUUUCAAAUCUUACCAUCCUUUUCCAAAAGGGGGAAGCAUCAGAAUUGUGGCUUUUAAUUUUCCUUUGAGUUGUCUCAACCUAUUUAAUUCUUGGGAUUUUGGGAAACAGUGACAAGCUAAUUCUGUUUCCAUUGACUUCACUGGUAAAACUGUAAGAGUGCAUCAACAUAGCAGGGCUUAACUUGAAAUAAGCUACACAAACAGAGCUACGUCAAUUGAGUAGCUUAUUUUGAAAUUGGGAGUGUCUACACAGCACUUAUUUUGAACUAGAGCACUCUUCCUCUCACUUCCCUUACUCCUCGUACAAUGAGGGUUACAGGAGUCCGAGUAAGAAGUCCUCCAACUUGAUAGCAUUUCAACAUUAUUUCGAAAUAACUGCCUGCUGUGUAGACUCGGACUAAGUUAUUUUGAAAUAAUGCUAGUUAUUUCAAAAUAAUGUUGCUGUGUAGACGUGCCCUCAUUGACUUCAAUGGGAGCAGAGUUAGGGCAACAAUGAAUGCCUUGGAAAAUCCCACCACAUAUGGUUUCCCACCACACACAGUCAUUGGAUGUAUGUGAUGGAGAAGAUAAGAGCAGGAAUCAGAUCCAUGUGUGUGACCCAUACGUUUGUGAGGGUCAGGAGAGUGUUGCAUAAGUACAGAGGUCCAGCCACACAAAGCCAACGUGAGGGUCAAGACUUAAAAUAAUCACAAAAUAUUUCAAAACUUUUAAUUGGCAGCAUUGUUAAACCGGCUACUUGGGGCCAGAUUUUGAAACACUAGUUUCCUCAUCUCGGUCCAGUUCCUGGUGGCCACAUCAUAAAAUCCAGGACCAAGCAACCGUAAUUUGUAGCUUUGAUACUAGUUUCAGGAAGAAGUAGGGAACUGAAUGGCCCGUGGUGACUCACUGGCCCUUUCACACUCUGAGGUCAGGUUUUAAGGCCAUUUGUGAGACACAGCAAAGCAGAAGUAGUUUGCUCUGCCUCUGCCAGUACUGUCUGUUUGAUGGAUACAGAGAGUACAUCAGCCUCCAGGGUUUUCAGUCCAUCACCAACACUGAAUUUUAAAGAAAAUGUUAUCAUCUACUGACUUUAUGUUCACUCUGGCACAGACUAUGGAACUACUCUGUCUGCAUGUAAAAGGGAGGGUGGGGAAAUUUGUUUUGCAGUCUUAUUUCUCAUUGAGGGCUCCAAGGGGGUGUUAUCUGGAGAAAAUACUAUAUUAUUAUUACUCUAUUGCAUUGCCUUGAGUUAAUGGCUGUUACCAGAAGUGGGGAAGGGGGCUCCUUCUCCAUCACAGUUUAAUGGGAGAUUAGACCUUGAAGUGGACAAAAGCCACAUUGCUUAGGGUCUGAGCCCCAUGGUGCCAGCCAAAAUACUGCAUGACACCACACUUCCAAAGUGCUGACCCAGAAUAACAAUAUUAGUGCUACAGUAAUUGCAUGCAUCUUUGUCAUGGAGUCACAAGUGUCUUUCUCAGUGCAUGGGCAGGCUAUCGCUCAGCAUUCCAAACAGUAACAAGUGGCACAAAUAAAUGUAAGAGACAGGCUCCUGCAGCAUUCAAGUGCAUGAAUGGAUGGGAUUGAUCACAAUGGCUUGCAAGCCCUUUUGAGUUGAAACUGCAACUGCAUGGUCUUAAUUCUGACAAAAGUGCAUUUUCAGAUAUGAUAAAUGUGCCUGUCCUUAUAGAUCAGUUAUUUUGUAACUGUGUUUGUAUUUCAUCCUGUUUGUUUAGACCAAUUUGUUUGGUGUCUGAAAUGCAUAUAAGCUAGCCUGUCUUUUAAUUUCUUUCUCUCUCUCUCUCUACAUAUAUAUAGAUAUAGAUAUAUAAAACCACUCAUUCUUUCUCUGAAUUGCAAUGUACGUGACUGUUACCUGGAACUGUUUGUUCCUUUGUGCUUAUAUUUAAAGUAAUGCAGAGAGAAACUACCUGAGCAACUAGAUCUAUGUGGCCUUUCCAGAGCAUCAGUCUGAAAGAUUAAGUUUUCUUCCCAGUCUGCUCAGCUCUGUAUGUCCAGCUGUGCUGCCUGCACAUUUUUUUAUUUUAGGACUGAAUGAAGUGCUAUUUCAUGGUGCAAAAACUCUGCUGGAGCUUGAUCCUAAUGUUCAGAAUUGCCUGAAUUUUAAUUGUCUUUUCCUGGGACAUGCUUGGCAUACUAAAUGUUAUGCUUAUUGCUGCCAUUGUUUCUUCAAUAGCAGAGAAGCCAAUGAUGCUUUCUAUUAAAAAAAAAUUACGGGCUUCAUUUUUCAGUAGCAUGGUUUGUCAUUGUCACUUUUCAAUGGCAACAACUAAAUGGCUGUUCCAUUGUUUGAAUGUUAUGAAUGUUUCCUUGAUCCAUUGCAGGGCAGACUUGAUUUACACUGCAAAUGGACCAGAUUCCCCUUGGGCGUAACUCAAGUGGAAUUGCACCAUUAAUGCUUUGAAUCUAUGGGGCCCAAUCCUCAGCUUGUAUAGUCCAGCAUGGUUCUGAUUAAACCAAUAGAAUUAUGCUAUGUGUAUUCCAGCUGAGGUUCUGGUGUGUGGAGUGUUUUUAAUAGCAAUUGGAAAUUAGAUUUUUCAAGGUUCAAUACUUGUAAAGUCUCCAUUCUAAAGGCAACUCAUCUGAAUAGUCUGAGUAUGUAAUAGAUUUUAUGUCAUUAAAUGGGACAGGUAAAUUCA